AAUAACUUUGAAAAGUUCAGUUUGAAGACCCUUUUUCAAGACUUGUUGUUUAGUCAUUUUUAUCACUGAGUUCUCAUUUUCUUGUUUUAUUUAAUUCCUGCACUAUUCUGUUGUUUUUGCUUUUAUUAGCUACCAAAAGUAAUUGUAUUUGUUAGCAGAUAAAUUUUCUUAAAUAAAAGAAACCAUUCUUGAUUUCAACAAGACUCUGGUAUUUGGUUAGCUCCAUUGUCAGCAUUUUUUAUUGAAUUAAAUUGGUGGGGUUGGUUUUUUCCUCUUCUAUUCAAGAAAGAUUGAGUCUUUCUUGGAAAAUUUUACAUUUUUUUGGUGGGGUUCAAUUUUUUCCAUUUCUUUAGAAUUCUUGGUAAGGGAUCAUUGAAAAAGAUGAAAUCUUUAAUCUUCUUCAAGUUGUUAAAAGUGCUGAUUUUUUCUAUGUUAUUUGUGUGUGUUUUGAGUAAGGAGUGUACUAACACUUUUACUCAGUUAUCAUCUCACACUUUUAGAUAUGAUUUAUUGUCCUCAAAUAAUGAAACCUUGAAAAAUGAGAUUUUUAGCCAUUAUCAUUUGACUCCUACUGAUGAUUCAGCUUGGUCUAAUUUACUUCCUAGGAAGAUUUUAAGGGAGGAGGAAGAAUUUAAUUGGAUUAUGAUGUAUAGAAAGAUAAAGAAUUCUGGUGAAUUGAAAGAAAUUGAGGGUUUACUGAGUGAAGUUUCACUUCAUGAUGUGGGAUUAGAGCCUAAUUCAAUGUAUGGAAUUGCUCAACAAACUAAUUUGGAGUAUUUGUUGAUGUUGGAUGUUGAUAGAUUGGUUUGGAGUUUUAGGAAAACAGCUGGUCUUGAGACUGUUGGUGAGCCAUAUGGAGGUUGGGAGGCUCCAAACGGAGAGCUUCGCGGUCAUUUUGUCGGUCAUUACCUUAGUGCCACAGCACAGAUGUGGGCUAGCACCCACAACGACAGUCUUGAAGAGAAAAUGUCUGCUGUUGUUUCUGCACUAUCUGCUUGCCAAGAAAACAUGGGUACAGGUUACCUUUCUGCUUUUCCGUCUGAGCUAUUUGACCGCUUUGAAGCUAUAGAACCAGUUUGGGCACCAUAUUAUACGAUUCACAAGAUAUUGGCAGGUCUUUUGGAUCAGUAUACUUUAGCGGGCAAUGAUCAAGCUUUGAGAAUGACUACGUGGAUGGUUGAUUACUUCUACAAUCGGGUGCAAACUGUGAUUUCGAAAUACACCAUUGAAAGGCAUUGGGAUUCAUUAAAUGAAGAAACUGGCGGCAUGAAUGAUGUUCUUUAUAGGCUGUACAGAGUAACGGGAGAUUCAAAGCACUUAUUGUUGGCUCACCUUUUUGACAAACCAUGCUUUUUAGGGCGCUUAGCUGUCAAGGCUGAUGAUAUAUCAGGUUUUCAUGCAAAUACGCACAUCCCAAUUGUUAUUGGAUCUCAACUGCGUUAUGAGAUUACUGGUGAUCCAAUUUACAAGGAAAUCGGGAUAUUUUUCAUGGAUAUUGUCAAUUCUUCCCACAGCUAUGCAACUGGAGGGACAUCAGUCAAUGAAUUUUGGUCCGAUCCGAAGCGGUUGGCGAGCACACUAAAUACGGAGAAUGAGGAAUCGUGUACAACCUAUAAUAUGCUCAAGGUUUCGCGCCACCUGUUUAGAUGGACCAAAGAAAUGGCAUAUGCUGAUUAUUACGAGCGAGCGUUAACAAAUGGCAUACUCAGCAUCCAAAGAGGAAGUGAUCCUGGAGUGAUGAUAUAUAUGCUUCCACUUCAUCGUGGUGGUUCCAAGGCUCGGAGCUACCAUGGAUGGGGAUCACCGUUUAAUGACUUUUGGUGCUGCUAUGGGACAGGAAUUGAAUCAUUCUCCAAGUUGGGAGAUUCUGUAUAUUUUGAAGAGAAAGGGAAUUCUCCUGGCCUUUAUAUUAUCCAGUAUAUAUCUAGCUCUCUUGAUUGGAAGUCCAGGCAAGUUUUGAGUGCAUCGUCUACAUUGAAUCUGAGAAUACCAAGUUGGACAGAUUCAACUAGUGCAAAAGCAUCACUGAACGGAGAGGAUUUGUCUCUACCCUCUCCAGGUAAUUUCCUAACGAUAACCCGGAGUUGGGGCUCAGGUGACAUAAUCACCCUCGAGCUGCCCAUGAGUCUUAGGACAGAAGCCAUUAAAGAUGACCGGCCAGAGUAUGCAUCGAUACAGGCAAUUCUUUAUGGUCCAUAUCUUCUUGCUGGCCAUUCUAGUGGUGAUUGGGACAUCGAAACAAAGUCAGCCACUUCUCUUUCAGAUUUGAUUACUCCAGUUCUAGCUGACUAUAAUUCUCAUUUAAUAUCUCUCGCACAAGAAUCUGAUAACGCAACAUUCGCUCUGACAAGCACGAAUCACUCGAUUCAAAUGGAGAUGUACCCUGAAGCCGGAACAGACUCUGCUGUCAGUGCUACCUUCAGACUCAUCGCAAAUGACAAAGUAUCUGUCAAGCUUUCCGAACCACAAGAUUUUGUCGGGAAACUAGUCAUGUUAGAGCCCUUUGAUUUUCCCGGAAUGUUCAUAAAUCAUCAAGGGCAGGAACAAAGUCUCGAUAUCACACAAUCCUCAGAUGGCGAUGGUUCUUUGUUCCGUUUGGUUGCUGGAUUGGAUGAGAAGGACGGGACAGUUUCGUUAGAAUCUGAUGCACAAAAUGGUUGCUACAUCUAUAGUGGUGUGGACUACAAGGACAUUUCAAGUGUCAAACUUAACUGCAAUUCAGAGUCCUUAGAUUCUGAAUUCAAGCAAGCAGCAAGUUUUAAGUUGGGAAAUGGGAUUACUCAGUAUCAUCCUAUUAGUUUUGUGGCAAAAGGGGCUAUGAGAAACUUUGUUUUAGCACCAUUACUUAGCUUUAGAGAUGAAUCUUAUACUGUGUAUUUCAACAUUCAAUCAUAGUUCUAGUAAAGGGAGGCUAGAGUUGUUUCAUAUAACAAUAACACUAAGCUGUCAGUUUGGUUUACUGUUUUAACAUAUACAACCCCAGCAUAAAAUUUUGCAUAAGUUGUUCAA